AUGAUGGAUAACCGAUGCCGGUGCAGCAGCGACAGACUGUUGAAUCCUAUCCUCUUCAACAUUCUCAGUCAACUAGAUAACACCAGGUCGAGCCUACAUGACUAUAAUUCAAUACCUCAUCGAUGCAACUGUGAGCUACGCCGAACGGUGUGCUUAAAAAGACCAUUGGAAAUUUGCAAGGAAGCCUCAUCGGUUUUGCUCAAAACCGUCCAUUUCAUGAAGAACCUACCUGCUUUCAAGCAGCUCCCACCCAACGACCAGUUCAUACUCCUCAAAAACUGCUGGGUGCCGCUCUUCAUUCUGGGCCUGGCGCAGGAGCACGUGGACUUUGAGGUGGCCGACGUACCGGCUGACAGCAUGCUGAAGAAGAUUCUUCUGCGGCGGGAGGGGGGAACUGAGAUGGAGAGGGAACAGCCCACCAUUGCUGGCGUCAGCAAACUCAAGUCUUGUCUCAGAAAGUUCUGGAGCUUAGAUUUGAGUCCAAAGGAAUAUGCAUACCUUAAAGGGACGACAAUAUUUAACCCAGACAUCCCAGAUCUAAAGGCAUCUCUGUUCAUCGAGGGCUUGCAACAAGAGGCGCAGCACGCCCUGAGCGAGGUGGUCCAGCUACUCCAUCCCAGGCGGCAGGACCGUUUCGCCCGCAUCCUCCUCACAGCCUCUAUGCUGCAAAGCAUCACACCCAGUCUAAUUGUUGAACUCUUAUUACGGCCCGUAAUUGGCCAAGCUGACCUGUUGGAGCUUCUUGUGGACAUGCUCUUUGGCAGGUAG